GCGACGCACCGGACAUAUUGGUGGACAACUUCCGGUCCUGUGUCAGGUCAAGAUGCUUGCUUUCAGAGGGUUGAAGAGGAUACAUUCUGUUUUGUUACAACAUGGAAACACAAGAAGCCUGACCGUGACGUCACAUGUGGUCCAACACAAAGAUGACACGAAGCUAUUGAAGAUGGAGAACCCGUACAAAGAGCCCCAGACAGGUUGUCUCCUCUGCAACGUCACAGUGGACUUCAAGAACACUCAGCUGCUGUCUCAGUUCGUCUCUCCUCACACGGGCAGAACCUACGGCCGACACAUCACAGGGUUAUGUGGACGGAAACAGAAGGAAGUGUCGAAGGCCAUAAAGAAAGCUCACUCCAUGGGAUUCAUGUCUGUGACCCACAAACAUCCUCAGUUCAUGAAGGAUCCCAACAUCUGUGGAAUCAAACAUCUGGAUUAGGGUUGUUUAUUAAAGCUGUCAGAACUCUC